AUGUCGUCGGUGCCCAUCAUUAGGGCCGGCGGUGGCCCCGGCAAGAAGAAAGCUAAAAAGCCGAAUGCCGUUCGCCGCAUCAUGGAUCAGGAGCAGCGCGUCCGAGAGAAGUCCGUUGCGCCGUCUCCUUCUUCAACAGCGCUGGACACAGCAAAGUCCGCCCGUUCAGUCUGCAAGAAUCCAGACUGCACGGAUUCGGACGUCCGCGAUGGGAUGUGUCAAAGUUGCGGUCGAGUCUUGUACGAAAGCAACAUCGUCGCCGAAGUCACCUUCGGCGAGAGCGCCAAUGGAGCGGCUGUCGUCCACGGUAGCUACCUCGCGGCAGAUCAGGGGGGAAUUCGACCUGCGGCCGGUGGACUUGCGUUUCGUCGUGUCGCCGGCGCCGGCGCUAGCGAAGCCCGUGAGCGGAGCUUGAGAGAGGCCAAGCAGACCAUCGCUCAGUUCGGUCACCAACUGCAGAUUGCGCCGCAUGUGUCUGAGCAGGGAUUCCAGGUGUACAAGCAGGCAUCAAGCAGCAACUUUAUCCAGGGCCGCAAAAAGAACACGGUCGCCGCCGUCUGUCUCUAUGCUGUCUGCCGGAAAGAAGACAACAAUAGGGUCAUGUUGAUCGACCUGGCCGACAUCAUCAAGACAGACGUAUUCCUUCUGGGCCGAAGCUAUAAGGAUCUUCUCAAUACCCUUGAGCAAUUGAAAGACGGCACCAAGCCCAUCAUCAUCGAGGAUCUCAUCUUCCGCUUCGCCAGCAAGCUCGAAUUCCUGCACGAUACCAAUAAGGUCGCCCUGUCUGCCAUUCGGAUCGCCCAGCGCAUGCGGCAUGACAACAUCACCCAUGGCCGCCGCCCCGCCGGUAUCUGCGGAGCGGCUCUCAUUAUGGCCGCUCGAGCACACAACUACCGUCGCACCGUGAGGGAAGUAGUUUACAUCGCCAAGGUUACAAUGGCGACUCUCCAGGAGCGGAUGGAGGAAUUUGCCAAUGUGCCCUCUGCCCAAAUGACAAUUCACGAUUUCCACGAGUCUAAGGCACUCCCGGAAGCUUCUCACGAUCCCCCUUUUGUUUACAAACAGUCAAAGGAGUGGCAGGAGAAACACGCGAAGAAGCCCAAGAAAAGAAAGGCGACCAGUGCUGGCAGUGGAAACAAGAAGAGACAAAAGACAGCACAAUCCGCGUCGGAAGAUACUUCGGUUCCCAUUGAUCCGGCGCUGCAAGCUGCAACUCCCUCCUCAAGUGACGCCGUCGCCUCUUCCACCUCCCUGCCGAAAUCGGGACAAAACGCGCCCCUAACCGGUGUCGACGGAGACGGUUUUGCUAUCCCAUUCCGCAAACCGACCGAGGCCGAUCUUGUCAUUGCGAAUAACGCGACUGCCGAUGUUGAUGGCCAGCUGAAUAAUCUCGUAGAUGAAUUUGGUGAUGUGGAGGCCCAGUCGCCGAGUGAAGUGGAAGCGAGCAGCGAGAUGGCCAUGGCUGCGGCCCAGGGUAUUCAGAUUCCCGGCAUGGAGAACAUGAAGAUCAAACCACGAGAUGCCGCCGCGGCUACCACGCAGGAUGGUGAGGGUAACACGGACGGAGCCGACGACAGUCAGGAAAAUGACCAGGAACAAAAAAAGAAGGAAAAGCCUAGGCUACGAAUCGACGAGGAUUGGGAGAUGGACGAGAACAACCUCGAGAAAGAGAUGGAGGGACAUUUAAACAAUCCCGUCUUGAUUGGUGCCUCUGCCGUUAUCACCCAAGGGAUUGAGCAGCAACGCGGAGAGGAAGCCACCCCGAAUGCAGACACCCCAGCGGCCGGGGACAACACCCAGUCCACACUCACGGGUGCUGCCGCCUGGCGCACGCCCGCAUCCAAGGUGUCCGACGACCCCAUUGUCCACGAAGACGAGUUCAAGGACGACCCGGAGGUCAUGCACUGCCGGCUCUCAGAGAGAGACGUGCAGUUCAAAGAAAUGAUCUGGGCCAACCACAAUAAGGACUACAUGCGCAAGGUCCAAGAAAAAAUCUUCCAGACCAAAAUGUCUAGCAACAACCCGCCCAAGCAAAAGCGCAGCCGCGCCAAGAAGCCUCGCAUCGGCGAAGGCCAGACCACGCCCGCCGGGUCCGCCAUCGAGGCCGCGCAGAACAUGCUGCGCACCCGCGCCAUCAGCACCAAGCUCGACUAUUCCCGCAUGGACCGCCUGUUUGAGUACUCCAACAAGGCCGGGCCCGGAAGUACGUACGGCGGCGCCAGCUCGAUUGGAAGCCGCAGUGCGCUGCCCAGUAGCGCUGGGAGCGACAGCGGCAGUUCGGACGGUGAUGACGAUGACGAGAUGGAGGGCUCCGGCGCGGACGGCGCUUCGACCGCCGCGACGGCCGCCACUACCGCGACCGGUUCUGCUGCGGGUCUUAGUGCGCAAGAGAGAGUUGCCAAGGCGCUUGCCCCUCCCGAGGGAGAGGGCGAUGAGGAUGAGGCUGACGAGAUGGAGCAUGAUGGUGGGUUCAAUGACGCGAGCGGGUUCCAAGAGGAUACCUAUGGCGAGGAGGAAUUUGAUCCGUUUGGCGAUGGGAAUGGUGGUGACGAGGAGGAUGAGGAGUGA